AUGCACCUGCGCUACCUGCUUCUCCUCUCGGGUGCGACGUUUGGCCUCGCCUGCUCCAGUCUCGGCGAUGCGUCGAGCCCCAUGAACCACACGCUGUCUCAGCUACCGUUCAUGAACGCGACAUCGCUCGGGCUCUCUACAAGCUACGCCACGUGCAUCGGGUCCACCGACAUCAAGGCGCUCUCGAGCGGGCUGCUUGGCGCCGCGACGGCCGAGCCCGCAUGUCUACGUGCGAUCUCCGACCUCAUGCCGCUCUUCUCGGAUUGGUCGUCGGCUCCAUCGCACCCGAAACCGAGCCGAUUCACCAACAACACAUUGUCCCAUGACAGCUUCAGCGACAAGAACGAGAGUAGCCGCCGCGACGAUACCAUUCACCAUCAUCCAAUGGUUGACGCGCUCAACUUUACAAACGCCAAGGCGCAGACGCUCUGCGCAAUGCUCGUCAACGUCGUCCCGUGCCUCGAAAAAGCCAUCAUGCCCUUCGUGCUCCAGACGAUCAACGCCGGCGGCUGCUGCACGGCUGCACUCAAUGACGUGGCAGCGCAGUUUGGCGCGUCAGCCGACGUCGUCGUUGCGACGCUCGUGCGGGAUCUGACCAACGUAUUUUGCUCGACGCAGUCGCCCGGUUUCUUUAGCCAAGGCAACCAGACGUGCGCCUACUCCUUUGCUCAGAGCGCGCUGCAUGCAGCGGCGCCUCUCCAUCGCCUUUUCAAGGCGGGCGUGCAAUUACCGACGAACGAGGCGUGCAGCGCGCUUGUCGCCAACGAUGUGUUCCAGCUGACGCAGUCGCGUGCGAUGACGCCUCUCUUCACAGCGCCGUACGUGCCUUCGACGUGCGUACAGCCGAUCGAUGCGCUCCUUAGCGGAGUCGCGCGCUGGCCUUGGAUCCAAACCUCGAGCAUGUGGUCGAAGGUGCUUGGCGCCGGUAGCUGCCUUCCCAACCCCGCAAACGCGUCCGAGUGCUUCCAUCUCCCGAGCGGGUUUGCGAGCACGUGCACGUACACGACGAAGCUAGAGUUCUUCACGGAGGCGUUGGGGCCGAUGACGACGAUGGCUCCGAUGACGCCCGCGCCGACGAACGCGACCAAGACCGCGGUGCAGCAGGGUUCGUCGUCCGGCGGAAAGACGGUGUCGUCCGUCGCGCUCAUCAUUCUCUCGAUUCUCUACUACUACGUUUAA